AUGAUAUCAGAAACACAAUUCAGGAGAGAUUUGAAUAUGAAGUUUUCUCAGACUAGCGUAGUUCAUGAUCUCAGUGAGUAUGGGAUACAGUAAGGAUCUAGCUAACAAGAUUUCUAUAUGAAGCUAUUCGAUUGUAUAAGGAGACAAAUAAGAUGAACAGGAAGUAAAUGGUGAAAUCCCUCCAAGAGAUAGCCAAUGUAAUUUAAUUAUCUAUCAUAAUUUAGAA